UUUUGAAUGCUUGGUCUAGGACCGAGGGUGGAGGAAUCGGGAAGACGCGUGAGGAGGAGUUGUCCCCGCCGCUUGGAGGCGAGAAGAGGUUCGGCGGUGGCGACGCCUGCGGUGACCCCGCCGCCGGGGCGGGGCUUGGGACCGCGGUAUCCGUGUACUCAACCCGGAUGCCUGCCUCUCCCGGCGCACUCCGCCCGCAGACCCCGAUGGCGGCGGCCGGCCUGAGGGACCCCCCUCAGGGCUGUGCCAUCUCUGAGGACGUGUUUGUGUACUUCUCCCGGGAAGAAUGGGUGCUCCUUGAUGAGGAUCAGAGACUCCUGUACCGGGAUGUGAUGCUGGAGAACUUUGCACUUUUAGCCUCCCUGGGAAUUGCAUCCUCCAGAUCACAUUUAGUCAUGCAGCUUGAGCAAGGGGAAGAGCCCUGGAUGCCUGCCCAGGUGGAUAUGACUCCAGCCACAGAGAAAGAGGCUCAGAAGGGACCUGGACCUGGUUGUUGGUGUGGAGUGGAGGCUGAGGCUGUUUCCUCUGAGCAGAGUGUUUAUUUAGAAAGAGUGUCACAGUUCAGGACUCCUGUGGCAGGUCUGAAGACACACCCGUGUGACAUGUCUGGCCCAAUAUUGAAAGACCUCUUACACCUGACUGAAUACCCACGGGGGAAAGCCAGGCAGGAACCACACAUAUGUGAGGCACAUGGGAAGCAGUUCUGGUUCAGUGCAGACCUUCACCAGCACCACAAGCAGCACAGUGGAAAGAAAUUCUUCAGGAGGGAUGAGGGCAGGGACACUGUGAAAAGCUGCAGAAUCUAUGUGCCAGAGAAGACCUACAUACACGGUGAGGGCAGAGUUGACUUGCCAGCCACCUCUGGCCUUCAGCACCAGGUUUCUCAUGACAGAAUGAAGCCCCGUAAGAGCACUGAGCUUGGGGGAGCCCUUAGCACUGGACAGAAGCUUCAUAAAUGUAGUGAAUGUGGGAAAGUGUUCACUCGGAAAGACACACUUGCAAGGCACCAGAGAAUCCACACUGGAGAAAGGCCUUAUGAGUGCAGCCAAUGUGGGAAAUUCUUUAGCCAAAGCUGUGACCUUUUUAAACAUCAGACAGUACACACUGGAGAAAGGCCUUAUGAGUGCAGUGAGUGUGGGAAGUUCUUUCGACAAGUCUCCGGCCUUGUUGAACACAGGCGAGUUCACACAGGUGAAAGGCUCUAUCAGUGUAGUAAAUGUGGAAAAUUCUUUAGCAGCAAGUCUAACCUCAUUCGACACCAGGAGGUUCACACAGGAGCAAAGCCUUACGUGUGCGGCGAGUGUGGGAAAGAGUUCAACCGCAGACACACACUGGUUCUGCACAGGAGGACUCACACUGGAGAAAGGCCUUAUGAGUGCAGGGAGUGCGGGAAGUCCUUCAGCCAAAGCUCCCACCUUAACGUACACUGGCGAAUUCAUAGCAGUGAUUACGAAUGCAGCAGAUGUGGGAAAGCCUUUAGCUGCAUAUCCAAACUCAUUCAGCACCAGAAAGUUCACUCUGGAGAAAAGCCUUACGAGUGCAGCAGAUGUGGGAAAGCCUUCACCCAAAGGCCAAACCUUAUUCGGCACUGGAAGGUUCACACUGGAGAAAGGCCCUCUGAGUGCAGGGAGCAUGGGAAGGAGUUCAACCGCAGACACACACUUGUUCUCCACCAGAGGACUCACGCUGAAAAAAGACCGUGAGAGUACAGUAAGUGCGGGAAGCCUUUUAGCCAGCGCUCCCAACUUACUGUACAUUUGAGAGUACUUAGCAGUACUUGUGAGUGCAGCAGACGUGGGAAAGCCUUCACCCAAAGGCCGAACCUUAUUUGGCACAGGAACUCCAUGCUGGACAAAGGCUUUAGAAUACAGAGAAUGUGCUAUUUCCUUGUUCAACGUAAUAACUGUCCCCAGAGUGAAGCCCUGAACGUGGGUUUUGUGAGAGAGCCGUCAGUCAGAAGUGAAACUUCAUACAUAACGAACAUCCACGACAGGAAGAUUCCUGAUGAGUGCCCACACACAUGAGAUGCUUUCAGGAGCUGUGGCGCACAUUAUAAACUGUGCCUUUCUCGGUGGUAGAAGGCAUCCUGCU